AUGCCACAGGAGCCCUGCCCCUGGCGUUGCAGUGUGGCUUCACGGCCGUGCGAGCUAGGCUACAGUGAUUUGUUUCGUAACAAUAACCGUCUCCGUCGAGUCAGGAAUAUCGACCGGGCACACUGUGCAGUAUGUGGUAUCCACCCGGCCCAGCAUACGGACUCGACAUUGCUUGGGAGAACUGCCGGCAAGGCAAUCCCGUAUCCCACGCCGUGGAAGCAGGCAACGCCGUCGAGCACGCCGGGGAAGAGGGCAAAUACCGCACAGGGUCGGUUUAACCAGGCGUUCGAGGCGGAGAUGAUGUCUCGAGAAGACGCCGUUGGCUCCGAGGAUGAGGAUGCUCUUAGCAAGGGUUCUCUGUCCAUUAACCGAGAACCAUGCAGGGUGCUUCUCGACGCUGAAUCCCCUACGCACCACGGCUUCCCCGGUUGCGCCAAAUGGAAAUGGCGGCCUCUCAUGUGUCUCGGAAGUCAAGCUUUCGUAGUAAUCACAAAACAGUUGCUGCAGGAUCCUCCGUGCGUACGUACGUCCAACUCCACUGCAAGAUCAACUGCCGCGUGGAGAAAAGCGAAAGCGAGUUGA